GUUUUGCUAAACUAUACCUUCUUUAUGAUAAUGAUGUGCAUGAUGGGCAUGAUGGGCAUGAUGGGCAUGAUGGGUGACCCUAGCCUUACCCCAUAUUCCGGAAAUCAGAGGAUUUCACACCACCUUCACUAUUGUUUGAACCCAAAGCGACUAUCUGGUUUCCCACCUCCUCCACAACUUUCGAAUCUUGGCAUUAGCAGCGACUAGCGUGAGUCGACACCUGCACCUGCAUAUAAAUUGCAGUUUCCAAAAAUAUCUGUUCUAGAAAGGGCAGCCAGCUAGUUACCACUUUGUCUGGGCAUCUUAAGGCAGGCUUGAAUCCUUUCUAAGUCACGACAAAUAACCGAGUGAUUCUAGGUCAUAUCUCCCGCAAUAAAACUGCAAAACAACAACAUUUGAUGCUCAGUACACUGCACUUGAGUGCCGACCGUUCUCCCUCGAUUCGAUGGCCGAUCGACCUCUUAGUCCACUCAGGUCUGCAUUGCCAGUUCAUGUAGACCCACCCAAUCACCCCGACCCUCAUGCAGGUUCUUUACAGAGCAAACCUGCCAGAACCAAUCCGCGCCCGCGUUCAAGAAAAGGUUGCUUGAAAUGUAGAGAUCGUAAGGUUAAGUGUGACGAAGAAAAGCCCACAUGUGGAUCAUGUAAACGUUUAAACCAUGAUUGUGAAUGGAAACGAUCAAUCGUUAUCAAGGAUGAAACAAGCCAUAUCAUACACCGUGAGACAGCAGUUUCUUUUAACAGCUGCUUGGUCUGGAAUCCAUCCGCUUCCGUGAUGCCUACGGAAAGCAAUCAACCAAAGGAACGAGACACAUUACCACCCUUUCACGAAUUGUCAAGCGAAGCGCUACGUGAGAAGAAGGCUUCAUAUUAUAACCCGGGAACUUUUGCUUUAAUUACUCUUCCGGAAUAUUAUGCCUUACCAGAUGACUUGACCAGCAGCUCACACCCGAAAAUCUUUGGCACGAACAGACAUUCUUCCGCUCAGCAAGACCAUUCAACCUUUCCAAAUUACGUUAUCCCGACUAAAUUUGGAAAUUAUUCGGUUAAUCAUAAGCAGUCAGAACAUCCAGACUCCAGAAAAGACAACUUUGCAAGCGCCUCAUCUCCCAGUGAGCUACCCGCUACGCUUGUAGGUAGAGAGAAGGACUCUUAUCUCCUGGAGUAUUAUCGGAAUGUACUGGCGCGUCAGAUAUACUGGCUGGCUGAGCAAGUUUCGGGGCCAGAUAUAUUUGAAACUUGUUCAGCAAAUUAUCCUCCUUUGUAUCUUGCAAUACUUGCUUUAUCUUCCUUAAGUCUAUCUAAAUUGAACCAGACUCCUUUUGUACACGCUUUAAAACGGUACGAUAUGGUCAUUACCGCGUUGUUAAGUUCAUUGAAAAAUGAAGAUUCGGCCCAUUGUGAUGGGAGGUUGUUCACGCACUAUUUACUUUUACUAUUCGAGGUCGCUGCGACCGGAAAUCAUGAACUCAACAUGUGGGAACAUCAUUCCUCUCAAAUAAUACAUAUUCUUCAGCUUCGGCAGCAAGUUCGUGGCAAAGAACCAUAUGGAUUCAUUAUUGUUUAUAUCUUCUAUGUUGACUUGUACGCACUUUUGACCACCACUGGCACAGGGUCUUUCAGCAAAACCGUCAUUGAGCAAAACAUGUUGCCGGCUCCAGAAGACGCUUUGACAAACCGAUUGCUCAACAUGACUUUUAUACCGAAGGAAUCUCUUCAGAUGCCUGAUUUGCUUAGGAUGAAUCGAGAGCUAGCUUUGAUUGCCCUUGAAAUGGCGCGAAUGGGACGAAGAUUCAGGUCUGAAGAGAGAGAUUUCUCAAUGGCAAGACUCGAAGUGAAAAUAGAUCAAUACAAACCCAUGAAAGAUUUGCAGGAACUUCUGAUGAAAUUCCGUGUCACUUGGUCUACAUUUCUAGAGACGAAGACACCAAAAGCGAGCUGGCUUCACGAAUUUGCAGAACUUCCAAGCGGGCUAUUUACUUGUAGAACACAUGCAAACUUAUUUUAUCGAGCUUGCAAAAUCUACUGCCACACAAGUAUGUAUCAAGGCCAAUCAUUGAUACGAACAGCAGAAGUGGAAGAAGAACUUUCUUCAUGUGCCAGAGAGAUAGUUCUGAUAACCAAGAUGAUGAUGGAUUUAGGGUGUCUUAGGUCUAGAUACGUGGUAUUCCCAAUUUUCAUGGCAGGUAUAGUAUCUCAGGUGAAGAAAGAGAAACAAAUUGCUCUAGAUGCUCUUUUCAGACUGGAAGAGACAAGCAUUGGUUUAAAUACAAGAAUCACGAGAGAGUUCCUAGCAUCGAUCAUCGAGAAACAGAACAUUGCGAUUGCUGAGACGGGAAACCAAUUGCGUGUCAGUUGGUUUGAAGAAAUGCAAGCAAGUGGAAAACAAUUAGUACUGAUGGGCUUGUAAGAUUAUCGAGGGCAUAUGGUUUUUAUGGUGUUGCUCGCUUACUGCAAUGGAGCAACAUGAAACGGGGUCAAAAAUAGAUUGGAAUAAGCACAUGGCCUUGUGUAAUUCUGGUCAUUCUGGUGGUUCUAGAAUAUUGGUUGCAGGGUUAGAACUAGACCAGAUAGAUUAUCCCUGAUGGGAAUAUUAUAGUAAUGGUAAUUAUUAAUACUGAAAAAUUCA